AUGAGUUUCGCCUCCACUUCCCGGUAUGAACUGACUUUUAAGAAAUCAAAACUGAGCAGAUAUACUGCUAUUGCUGCAUAUACGAUGGGGUUUGGGGGCGCCUCCGCCCACACGGGGUGCAUGCUCAGACUAACCUUCUGCAGUGUUAACGUCAUCAACCAUUACCUGUGUGACAUUCUUCCUCUCCUCCAACUCUCUUGCAGCAGCACCUAUGUCAAUGAGGUCGUAGUUCUGAUAGUCGUGGGAAUUAACAUCACAGUACCCAGCUUUACCAUCCUAAUUUCUUAUGUCUUUAUCCUCGCUAGUAUUCUUCAUAUCAAAUCUGCUCAAGGAAGAUCAAAAGCCUUCAGUACCUGCAGCUCUCACAUCAUUGCUAUUUGUCUUUUCUUUGGGUCAGCAGCAUUCAUGUAUCUUAAAUGUUCUUCUCCUGGGUCUAUGGAGCAGGGGAAAGUUUCUUCAGUUUUCUAUACUAAUGUGGUGCCCAUGCUCAAUCCCCUGAUCUACAGUUUGAGGAACAAGGAUAUCAAAGAUACAUUGUGGACAGCCUUGUUUAAAAUCCAAAGGAGAAACAUAUUCUGA